GUUCCCACAACGUACCGCCUCGACAAGACGCUGCAGAAUAUGGUGAUCUCCGCCCCGGGCUCGAAGAACGAGGUGGUCGGCGGAUUUGGCAUGCCCCGUCGCCUCCAUGCAGGAGGCCUCUACGUAUCUAGAGGAUAGCAACGGAUGCUUCGCCACAGAAGUGCUCAAGUGUUUGGACCCCGACGAGAGGGAGCGGCUGGUGGGAAUCACCUUCACGCACGGCAGCAGAGUUGUGUCGUUCCGCCUGCUGGAAGAAACGGCUGAACGUUGCGUUGCUCUUCGAGAAUUCAUCAGGAGGCCCGCCGAGCUGAACCGAUUCGCGCAUUCCGCUUGCCCAUCUUUGCACUCGUGGGCAUUGGGAAAUUGUUGGGUGGUGGCAGGUAGUUUCCUCCAAGCUGUCGUGUGACGCUGGCGUACGGGAGAAUCAGUCGUUUGGCACAUAUGUUGCAACACUCAACAUGACAUUCUCUUACCCAAUGCUCGGGUGCCUCUUUAGGGCCCCGCAGGGGCGAGAACGCCAUGGGCCCUGAAGGCUCAGUACUUUUCUAAGGUUUUUCGGACGUCCAGAGCUUCGCCGGCCAUCCCGAGCCCGAUUGGCAGUCCAUUGUCAAUUAGGCUGUAUUAGGCCAGCUUGCCCGGACCAACCCUGGGGUCAAACGAUGGUCUGACGCCCACGGGCCCGCGCUUCUUGACUUUGAGAAACAUUACGCCCAGCUUGCUGAUGGCCUACACCCAGUCCACCCGCGAGAAGGACAUCCACCCAACGGUGGCCAGUCCAACUGAGACCAGGUGAGCCAGCUUGUUGGAGCACGGGCAGCAGGCUUUUGGGAUGUGUUGACCUCAGGUGCAACAUUACAGCCGAGACGCUGAAACGAGAAGUGCACUGCACAGGCUGCACCGCACAGGGCGCACAUCGAGUCUGCACGAGCCCACUGCUCGGAGCCCACGCCGGCAGACACUGCUGCCAAGCAGCAGGCCGUCGCAGCUGCCUGUGCGUGCCGUCGCAGCUGCCUGUGCGUCUCGCCCAGCGGCGCAGCUGCUGCGCCACACGCACACCAGCAGGGGCGAAAUCUCGAAGGGGGAUCCCUCGUUUCGCCCCCUACUGGUCCGCUGGCCUGAAAACUUCCACUGCGGAGGCUUCGAGUGCGAGACGGUGUCCCCCGAAGGUGCGGGUCCGCCGCGAAAAAAGAUCCUUCUCUUCGGUGUGCGCCUUCUCCUCCUCCUCCUGCUCUUCUGCCUUGGCCCCUGCCCUUCCUCCCCUCCUCG